ACGAAUGAAGGGAGGGCGGGCGGUUGGGGUUGUCUCUUGUUAAUGUGUCCAAUUCUUUAGAGAGGAGAGCAGCCAAGCCGGUGGUAGGCAAUUAGCAUCUCAUCCCAUCGACGAUUUUAAUGUCUGUCUCUGUCCUCUGUCCUCUGUCUCAGUCUCACUUGUCCUGCAUCUGUUUGUCUAUCUGUUUUUUCUGUCUGAAAUACAAUGUCACAUUCUUCGAAGGUGUGACCCCCCACAUCUCCUUCCUUUAAUUACCCAACCCAACCCUUCGAGAAUUGAUGAUUUAUAAUUUCAUUCCAAGGAAGUAGUAGUAGAGUAGAUAAUGUGGACUCUCUAUCCAAACCAAGCUCCUGUUCUCUGUUAAUAAAGGCACCGUGUGCUCCUUUUUUGGCCCUUCAAGAACAGGUGAGGUGAAAGAUGGUUUUCAAUUUAAUUUAAUGAAUGAAGUGGGUUUUCUUCAAAUUUAGCACGUUUUCGGGUUUUUUUUUUUUUUUUUUUUGCUUGUUAAAACCAAGCAGCUAGCCAUGAAAGAGACAGAGAAGAAGAGCUUGGAUCCACAACUAUGGCAAGCCUGUGCAGGAAGCAUGGUUCAUAUCCCUCCACUCAACAGUAUAGUCUUUUAUUUUCCACAAGGUCAUGCCGAGCACUCUCAAUCCCCUGUCAAUUUCCCUCAAAGAACCCCUUCCUUCAUCCUCUGCCGUGUUGCCACUGUCAAAUUCCUUGCCGACCCUGACACCGAUGAGGUCUACGCCAAGAUCGGCUUCGUCCCUUUACCAAACACUGACCUUGAUUUCGCUCAUGAUAGGGGACUAUGCGGUAAUGGGAACGACAGUGACAGCUGCCCAGACAAGCCGGCCUCUUUUGCAAAGACACUAACUCAAUCUGAUGCUAACAAUGGUGGGGGUUUCUCUGUGCCUAGAUACUGUGCAGAGACGAUUUUUCCAAGGCUGGAUUACUCUUUGGAUCCUCCCUUGCAGACUGUGAUUGCUAAAGAUGUGCACGGUGAGGUGUGGAAGUUCAGGCAUAUUUAUAGAGGGACACCAAGGAGGCAUUUGUUGACUACUGGAUGGAGCACUUUUGUUAACCAGAAGAAAUUGGUUGCUGGGGAUUCAAUUGUGUUCUUGAGGGCUGAAAAUGGCGAUCUUUGUGUUGGAAUUCGCCGCUCCAAGAGGGGGAUUGGAAUUGGAAGUAGACCUGAAUCAUCAUUAACUACUGGGUGGAAUUCCAACAAUGCUACCUGUGCUAUACCAUAUGAUGGAUUUUCACUUUUUGUCAAGGAAGAUGAGAUGCGAAAUGGGGAAAUGAAGGGAAGGGGGAAGGUGAAGCCUGAAGAGGUUUUGGAGGCUGCUGGUCUAGCUGCUAAUGGAAAGCCUUUUCAAGUCGUUUAUUAUCCGCGAUCAAGCACCCCAGAGUUUUGUGUCAAGGCCUCUUCAGUGAGGGCAGCAAUGAGGAUCGGUUGGUGCUCUGGGAUGAGGUUCAAGAUGGCUUUUGAAACAGAGGACUCUUCACGGAUUAGCUGGUUUAUGGGGACUGUUACCUCUGUUCAGGUUGCUGAUCCCGUCCGAUGGCCUAAUUCUCCAUGGCGGCUACUCCAGGUGGCAUGGGAUGAGCCAGAUUUGCUACAAAAUGUAAAGCGUGUCAGCCCAUGGCUGGUUGAAUUGGUGUCAAAUAUACCAGUUAUCCACCUGUCACCCUUCUCACCACCAAGAAAGAAGUCGCGAUUCCCACAACAGUUAGGCUUUCCACUUGACCUCCAAUUUCAAUUGCCAUCAUUUUCAGGCAACCCCCUUGGGCCCAGCAGCCCCUUGUGUUGUCUAUCCGAUAACACUCCUGCAGGCAUACAGGGAGCCAGGCAUGCUCAAUUUGGAAUUUCAUUAUCCGAUAUCCAGUUUAACAACAAACAGCAGUCAGGGAUGUUUCUAUCCAGUCUCCAGCGGUUCAAUCCACAUUCUAGAAAUUCUGAAACUUACCUGACAGGUCACACAAACAGCAAUGAGAAUAUAUCUUGCUUGUUAACAAUGGGGAACAGCAACCCAAAUUUGGAGAAAUCUGAUAAUGUAAAGAAACACCAGUUUCUACUCUUUGGUCAACCAAUACUUAUUGAGCAGCAUAUAUCUCAUAGCUGUUCAACUGAUGCAGUCUCUCAAGUUAUUAAUGAGAGAAAUUCAUCUGACGAGUCUUCCAGCAAGGAAAAAAUUUCUGAUGUAUUACUGUCUGCACCUGGGAAAAAGAUUUCACAAAUAAAGCCGUGCGGUACUGGGUUUUCAUGGCAGCAGAGUCUUCAUAAUACCAGUGAAAGUGGCAAAGAUACUGGUCCCUGCAAGGUAUUUUUGGAGUCAGAGGAUGUGGGAUGGACCCUCGAUCUCUCUGCUCUUUGUUCUUACGAGGAGCUACAUGGAAAACUGGCCAACAUGUUUGGUAUAGAGAGAUCAGAAAUGUCGAGCCAUGUGCUCUACCGAGAUGCGACAGGUGCUGUUAAACAGAUUGGAGAUGAACCAUUCAGGACAUGGAUCCCAGGGAUGCGAAAUGCUGAGAGUGGACAAGAGGCUCCAAAUAAGACAGGUUGCAUAACGCAGUGUGGGAUUUGAGAGUAGUUGCUGUAAAAGAAUGAACAUGUGUUGUAGAGUUUUCAGUUGUUCAAGUAAUUUGCUUAUGGAAGCAGAACAUAGAACUCCCAUCUUUUAUUGAAGCUGGUGUCUGAACAUCAUGUUUCUUAAUUAAAUGCAAAGUAACUGUGCUGUACUCGUGACUCCCUGAGUUUUCAUUUCAUGUAUAUGUUUUUUGAUUGUUGCA